ACAUACAGCCUUCUACCCUGAAGCUCGGGUCACGUGGUCCCAGCGACCCCCUACGGAAUCGGAUUAUGUUUACAUACUCAUGUGUGUAUAUAAUGUGUAUGGUAUAUAACGCGUGAGGAAAGUGUACAGCGAGAGAACGUGAAGAUGUAUAGGAUAUGGCUUAUAUCAGUCAUUCUAACUGUUUGCUGUGGCAACGACCAAUUGUAUAGAUGUCCUUCACACCUGCCUAGAGAUGCAUACCUCAAAACUUACGGAGAGAAGUGCUACCAGUUCGUUAAUGUGGAGAAGUACUGGACACAUGCCCGGGACACGUGCUCGUCACGCGGUGGGAUGCUGGUCCAGAUCAGGACGGCACAGAUCCAGCAAUUCGUCAUGGAGUCACUCCGCAGCCUUAACUGGAAUAGAAACGGCGUUUGGAUCGGCGCGCACGACCUUGAUGCUGAAGGUCAUUGGAAAUGGGUGGAAGGAUAUCCAUUAACCUACACCAACUGGGCCCCGGACCAGCCAGGAGGCUGCACCCUGUUUUACUGCGGAGAGGACUGCGCCAAUCUCAGACUGGACGACCACGGACGCUGGCACGACUACGACUGCAGCCUGCCGCCUUACACCUACUCCUUCAUCUGCGAAUUUUACAUGGGUCCUGCCACAACUACAACAUCAACGACCACAACCACAACAACGACCACGACAACCACGCCCACCACUACAACGACCACGCCCAUAACGACGACCACGCCCACAACAACGACCACGCCCACUUCCACCACAACUACAAAGCCCACUACAACAACGAUGUCCACCACAACUACACCCCUGACGUCAACAAGCUCCACCCCUUCAACCACAAAGUCCUUGCCUCCAAACACAAGUACUGAUUCUGGGGACCCAGCAAUUUUGCAAGCGGUAAGACAGAAUCCGGAUGAUAAGAACUUAGAUGGAGGGGAGAUAGCGGGGAUCAUCGUCUCUCUCCUCCUGGUGGCCUUUAUAGGCGGCUUCCUCUGUGCUGUGAUUGUCGUCAGAAGAAGACGAAAAGAGUUACCAAAUCAAGAAUACACCGUCACUUUUGACAACGUCACCUAUGUUAUAAGGGCUCUUAACCCAUUUCAACGCGACCAAAACCAAAGCAGACAUUUAGUGUUAAAUAGCACGAUAGGCGAGUCUCCUCCGCAAUACGAAGAACUAGACAACCAAAGAAACAACAUCAACUGCCUACGUCACCAAAGUGAGCGACAAGAGAAUCACUACGACACAGCUGACAUUACACCCAAAAAAUACAAACCCACAGUGGACAUGGAAACGUGCAUGAAAUCUGUGGAUUUUGAGAAGAAAAUGCCGCCACCCUAUGAGGCUAGCAACGAAAAGAAAUUGCAGUUAUACGACGUGCCAGACGAGUAUUGCAUUUCACAAGAAGAACAACCUUAUCACGAGAUCUCGCUACCAACGCGACAUUUCGCUAGUGCUAAUCCUUACAGUCUGCCGGAUGAGGGCGCCACUGGCUACGAGACUCCAGUGACACUGAGACGUGAACAACACAAUGACGGCUACGUUGAUACGGAGCAAAGUCAUCCGACAGAGGGCGCUAGCUACCAUAAUAAUUUGUAUGAUGUAUCUGAUGCCUGAACUAAUCACAAAAAAUCGUCUUGUUUUUACUUUGAUCAACGCUUUAAAAACAGGGAAGAUGCAAUAUCGUAUAGUUUUUAUUCGCUAGGCUAUUGAUUAUAGAUUGUUUUAAGAUAAAACUUUUUUAUGUUAGAGCAAUAAAAUUGUGGACCAGGAAA